AGCGGCGGAGUCUGGACCCAAACGACCGACGUCGAAGGUGAGGUAAACGGCCUCAUGACGUACGAUCGGAGGAUUCUGCGCGUGGACGAGAAGCAGUGGAAGGCGGAUAUCAAGGCGCUGUACGAUGCGGCGGCGGCACGGAGCAAGGCUACCAGUGAUUGAAUAUACCAGAUAUAGUGAAUAUAAGGUUGCCUAGAUUCUUAUCUCCUUUUUAAGCAAUUCAAACGUUUCAACCUUUGGAUAUUCUGCUAAAAAUGGGUGAUCUUCGUGGUUUGGUGGGGAUUCGAUUUUUGCAGUGGGUCCGCCGUAUUCGUUUUGAGGAUUGCCUAUUCGGGGAAUUGUGAGCUUCACGAUGCUAUAAAGAUCCCCCUAUCCAUUCUGUUUUCCAUAUUCAUUCUCUAUCUUUCUUUCUAUUCAUCAUAUUCAUAAACCCUUCAUCAUGGACUUUACAUUUCAUCCCGGAGUCAAUGGAAGCGACCCAUGGGUUGAGUUCUACCCCUAUACACCGUCUGCGUCGGCUGGAUAUGCCUUUAUGGCCAUGUUUGGCAUCCUGACAGUCGCACACUUUGUCGUCAUGUUUCCCUGGCGUGCUGCCUACUUUAUUCCUCUUAUCCUAGGAGGAAUAUGCGAAACGUUCGGCUACUAUGGCCGGGCAUGGUCCCAUCAAUCACGAACCGAAAUCAGUUCCUGGGCUUUACAAGAAAUGCUCAUCGUCUGCGCUGCUCCUCUCAUCACGGCCACAAUUUACAUGUUCCUCGGACGAAUCAUCCGCUCUCUCAACGCAGAACAUCUCUCCAGCAUGCGGGUCAAAUGGCUCACUCCGAUCUUCGUCAUCAACGAUGUGAUCUGCUUCUUUACACAGCUUGGCGGUGCCGGUGUCCAAGUAACAGGCGAUGCGAAUGUCAUGGCCAUCGGCGUCAAGGUUGUCCUGGCAGGAUUGGUUCUCUCGCUGGUCGUCUUCGGCUUCUUCGUCCUGAUCGCCGUGCGCUUCCACCAACGUCUGAAUCAAGAAUCAUCGACUGUCCUCGAUAACAACCCCUUCCUGCACUGGCGACGGUACAUGUGGGCAUUAUACGUCUCCUGUUUCGCAGUGAUGCUACGCAAUCUGGUUCGAACGAUUCAGUUCGGAUCGAACAAGGAGUCGCCGCUGAACACCAAGGAGGCGUUUAUCUAUGUGUUUGAUGCGUUCUUGAUGUUUCUGGCGAUGCUGGUUCUGUUGAUUUGCCAUCCGGGUCGGUUGAUUAAGAAGGCUCGGAGGGCGAAGGAGGCGAGUGAUUUACAUGAGAAUAUGACGGAUAGGAAUUCGGAUGUUCCGUUGACGGGGUAUAAGGAUGGGUCGAGAUGUUAGACUUUAUUGUAUAGAUGUUUGGGUAUUGUUUGAGUUCUACGGUGUUACAUAUAGAUGGUCAUCAUGAUAAAUAAGAUUAAAGUAUCUAAAUACUACCUAUAUAAUACUGGCACGGUCAAAUGAAU